UCUGAUUUCUGGUUCCUUACCUAAAUUGAUUUCCUAUUCGGAUCUCCUCUCUCUCAGAUAGAUAUACGUAUCUUCAUCAUCCGAUCCACUUUCUUUAUCAUCACGAUAUUUUUGAGAAUUUUUUUUUUUGCUUGUUGUGGGAAGGAAUCUGAAUUCAAUUGUCACAGAUCCGAAUCACUCAUUUGUCCCUAUCUAUCUGCUGUUAGCAGUCCACUAUCUUUUUCUGCGAUUUGAGGGGAGCUGACUGGCUCGAGGAUGGGAAUUUUCGAUGGAUUACCAGUUUCCCGGGAUAAAGCGUACUUAAGAGAAGAACUUUCAAAAAUAGAUGAGAGCUGGGCUGCUGCACGCUUUGAUUCAUUACCUCAUGUCGUCCAUAUUUUGACAUCAAAAGAUCGUGAUGGUGAAGCCCAAUUUUUGAAAGAGCAGAGUGAUAUCAUUGAGGAAGUUGUGGAUGAAGUGGUGCAUGCUUACCAUGGUGGCUUCAACAAAGCAAUUCAAAAUUAUUCUCAGGCCUAG